CUCUUCCGAUGCUGCUGUCUCCCACGCCCGCUACUCACCAGCUACACACCAGUCAGUGAUUGGAGUGGUGAAAUUGAACAGACCGCCAAAAGAUAAAUAGUAGAAACAACCACGAAAAUGUUAGCAUGUCCCGGCAUCCACCAUGGCGGCCUGUACUCUUCACAACCCUCUCAGUUCUUCUCUUCCAAGCCUUACAACCGGUUUCUCUUUCCUAGUACCUCCUGUCAUCCCAUAUCCAGAAAAUACGGGUUCAGUCCUUUGUCUUUUUUAUUCUCUGAAAAAAACCGUCGUCGGUUCAGUAUCAGGGCUUCGGUGGAGCCCGAAGUUUCAGAUUCCUCUGUUAGUGAUAUCCCACAGUUUGCAUCGCAACCGUUCUCUGUGAAGAUUCCUGUUGGUGAUAGACAUAUUUUGGUUGAGACUGGUCAUAUGGGAAGGCAGGCAAGUGGCUCUGUUACAGUUACAGAUGGAGAGACCAUUGUUUACACAUCUGUUUGCAUUGAUGACGUUCCUAGUGAGCCAUCUGAUUUUUUCCCUCUUUCUGUAAAUUAUCAAGAGCGUUUUUCAGCAGCUGGUCGGACAAGCGGAGGGUUUUUCAAACGGGAAGGGAAAACAAAAGAUCACGAGGUUCUUAUUUGUAGAUUGAUUGAUAGGCCUCUGCGUCCCACUAUGCUAAAAGGCUUCUACCAUGAAACACAAAUAUUGUCUUGGGUUUUAAGCUAUGAUGGAUUGCACUCGCCUGAUUCUCUGGCUGUCACUGCAGCUGGUAUAGCAGUUGCACUUUCAGAACUGCCAACAUCAAAAGCUGUUACUGGAGUUCGAAUUGGUCUUGUUGGUGAUAAGUAUAUAAUAAACCCUACAACUGAGGAGAUGGAGAAGUCUGAGUUGGACUUGUUACUAGCUGGCACGGAUAGUGCAAUACUGAUGAUAGAGGGCUAUAGCAAUUUUCUUCCAGAAGAGAAGUUACUUAAAGCUGUUGAAGUUGGUCAGGACGCUGUACGGGCAAUCUGUAAUGAGGUAGAAGCUUUGGUCAACAAGUGUGGGAAACCAAAAAUGUUUGAUGCCAUCAAAUUACCUCCUCCUGAGCUCUAUAAACAUGUCGAAGAAAUUGCUGGCGCUGAGUUGGUAAAAGCUCUCCAAAUUAAAAAUAAAAUACCAAGAAGGAAAGCCCUUUUAUCUUUGGAAGAGAAAGUUCUGAAUAUACUCACAGAGAAAGGGAUUGUCACUAAGGAUGCAACGCCCAAGAGUAAUGCUGAAACUGUUGCAGACAUUCUUGAGGAUGAGGAUGAUGAUGAGGAAGUAAUAGUUGAUGGUGAAGUAGAUGAAGGUGAUGUUCAUAUAAAGCCAACUUCACGCAAACCACAUCCAUUAUUUGCUGAGGUCGAUGUGAAGCUGGUAUUUAAAGAAGUUACAUCCAAGUUUCUACGCAGACGUAUUGUGGAGGGGGGUAAAAGGAGUGAUGGGCGAGCACCGAAUGAAAUACGGCCAGUGAAUUCAAGAUGUGGCUUACUUCCUAGAGCACAUGGAAGUGCUCUUUUUACAAGAGGAGAAACUCAGUCACUUGCAGUGGUCACACUCGGAGAUAAGCAAAUGGCACAAAGAGUAGACAAUCUCAUAGGUGUUGAUGAAUUCAAGAGGUUCUAUCUUCAGUAUUCAUUUCCUCCUUCAUGUGUUGGAGAGGUUGGUCGGAUUGGUGCACCAAGUAGAAGAGAAAUUGGUCAUGGGAUGCUGGCAGAGAGAGCUCUAGAACCAAUUUUGCCUUCUGAAGCUGACUUUCCUUAUACCGUACGUGUUGAGAGUACUAUCAUUGAGAGCAAUGGCUCUUCAAGCAUGGCAUCUGUCUGUGGAGGUUGCUUAGCAUUGCAAGAUGCCGGGGUUCCAGUUAAGUGCUCUAUUGCUGGAAUUGCCAUGGGUAUGGUACUGGACACCAGGGAAUUUGGAGGGGAUGGAACACCACUUAUUCUUUCUGACAUUACUGGAUCUGAAGAUGCAUCUGGAGAUAUGGAUUUUAAGGUUGCUGGAAAUGAAGAUGGCAUAACUGCAUUUCAGAUGGACAUCAAGGUAGGAGGAAUUACUUUGCCCAUCAUGAAGGAAGCGCUCCUGCGAGCCAGGGAUGGCCGAAAGCAUAUUCUUGGAGAAAUGAUGAAAUGCUCACCUCCUCCGGCAAAAAGUCUCUCAAAGUUUGCACCUCUCAUUCAUGUUAUGAAGGUCAAGCCUGACAAGAUAAAUCUUAUAAUUGGUACUGGUGGGAAAAAGGUCAAGAGCAUCAUUGAAGAAUCUGGAAUAGAGGCUAUCGAUACAGAAGAUGAUGGCACUGUCAAAAUUACUGCAAAAGAUUUGUCAAGUUUGGAGAGGUCUAAGGCUAUUAUUAGUAAUUUGACAAUGGUUCCUACUGUUGGUGAUAUAUAUAGGAACUGUGAAAUCAAGUCUAUAACUCCAUAUGGAGUUUUUGUAGAGAUAGCACCUGGUCGCGAGGGAUUAUGCCAUAUCAGUGAAUUGAGUUCGGGUUGGCUAGCCAAAGCGGAAGAUGCUUUUAAAGUGGGAGAUCGUCUCGAUGUCAAGCUUAUAGAGAAAAAUGAUAAGGGACAGUUGCGCCUUAGCCAUCGAGCACUGCUUCCUGACUCAGGUCCUGAUAAUCAAAAUGUGAAGCAGGAUGCUGGAAAAUCUGCUGAGCAGAAUACUGAACAGCCUAAAGACAAGACUGACACUCGCAAACUUGCAGCUUCACAGAAAAGGAGUUCGGAGGACGACUCCCUACUUCCAUCUAAGAAGUUUGUAAGGAAGUCGGUUAACCCUGCCCAGGAUAAGCCUUCUGCUAGCAAAGACAAGACAAAAAAGAGUAGCAAGAAAGAAGUUGGUAGUGUCUCUAGCAAAGAUGAAAGUAGCUUGGUUGGAGAGGCAUAAAUAGGCAGCCUGUCUAUUUUCAAGGUGAACACAGGACAGGGGAGUUUAUGAGAACGACUUGUUGGUUCCGUUUGCACAGGCAGGAUGAGAUUGGACUUGCUUACAUACUGACUGAUGAACGUAUCAAAAUGUCUACUUGCCUGCUGAUGGAGCAAAAUCUACAGGUCUCUCGGGAAAGUUUUCAUUGACGCACCCUGGUCACCUGAGCACGAACACGAAAGCUUCGUUCCUAUGAGAUCUCUCCGUAGGACUUGGCAGAUAAACCUGCGUAAGCAGGAAAAAACAAAGCACUAAUUUCCGAAGCUACUUUUGUGUACCAAAAAACGAUGAAUAUCACUAAUCUGUGAGCGUGUGAUUAUUAUACGCUGCAUGAGAAUUUUGUCCGUUGAAUCCCACUUAUGAUAUUUUUAUUUCUUCAGUUUAUUUAUAGUUUAGCCCCUCGUAAUUGUUCUGUACAACAGUCUUCUGUAAUUGCUCCUUUUAGGAAAGGUCUUGUAUGUUUAUAGCGCAAAA